AAAUUGAGCAAAUACAAAUUAUUUUUAUUGUUGAUUUAAGUUCAUGCAUUGGAACGGUAUCGAAACCAAUAUCUAAGACUGCAUGUAAAGGCAGUUAGAAAUAUGCAAUAUUUUUGCAAGUACUGGUUUCUUUGAGUUCUACGACAUUGCGUGUUGAGUUGUAUUAGUUGUCAAAAUUAUUUGUGGCCGAUCAGCAAACGUUGGCGACAGCAGGCAAAUUGCAAACGUUUUGCAGUGUUUAUCAAUAUAGUUUAUUAUAAUAUUGUGCUAAUUGUCAAAGCGGUGUAAGGACUGCAAAGCUGAAAAGCUAUUGCUGGUGAUGGCUUCAUAUAUGAAAUUGUUUGAAGACUUUUUGCAGCGCAAAGAAUGUGAUGGCAGUCGCACAGCACUUGCUGCGUCUGAAGACGAAGAUGUAGAGCAACCGAAUACCAAUCCUGAGUCAAUUAGUGGAACUAUUAAUGCUAUCAGUAGCGGUGGUGGUGGCGACAAUAAAAUGGAGCAUAGUUAUACGCGAGACAACACUCGGGCUAUAGGAAGCGUUAGCACCGGUUUGUCACCGGCUAGGAAAAUUCUAGUUCGACGUACUCCACAGUGCCCUUCCUGCCAUACCCAUCCACUUGAAGAGCAUGAUUUUGAUGACUGCAAUCAGGCAAAUGUGCCUUCGUACAAUGAAAUCGGAGCUAAAGAAGCCAUGAAUGAGUGCUCUCGUAUUGCCAAAUACGUUAAGAACAAUAAUCCUGACGAUGAUGACUGGGAAUUACAUGUUAAUCAAAUUGGAUGGAGUAACAUGCAAAAGACCCUUUUUAGUAAAGUUGCAAAUAUUUUGGACAAUGAUCAGUUAGGACGUCUGGCGAAUGUCAACCGACAAAACGAGCCAAUGCAACGUCGUGUUGUAGUCGAUAAGUCAGCUAGUCGUAUGCGUAGGGCUCUAGCAUAUGUCGCUUGGGACUCACGUCUCACACAAUGGUUGCAUUGUCUGCUAAUGGAUUCUUUGCCAUCGACUUACAUGGCCUCAUAUUUAGAUAUUUUACAAACUUUAAAAUCAAAACUACCAAACCUGAUGGAUAAAAUGCUAUUUGGACGGCCACUAAAUGUGAGCCAGGAGCUCUUGGCCCCGGUAAUGAAGAAUAAAUGGGAGCCCAUUGUUAAUACGAAAGUGCGCAAACUAACACAGAAUGCAGUUAUUGUUGCUUUGCCCUCUGUACCUACCAGUGGUCCAAUACCAAAUAGGCUUCAAAAAUGGUAUCAUCAAUUGGCAAGCAUAACGCAGAUUGUACAAGUAACACUUCCUUCAAAUGUAAGCCAUAUAACUCGGCAGCCAUUAGAGCAAGUUGCCGAACAAAUAGUCUCACUUACAAGGGUAAAAAUACAGGAGCUUCGGAAUGAGAACUCCCAACGUAGCAUCAUAUUGAUAGGUUUUAAUGCAGGUGCUGGUCUAGCUUUGCAAGUGGCUGUAUCAGAAAAUGUAGCAUGCGUGGUGUGUAUGGGAUUCGCAUACAAUACAUUUAACGGAGUGCGUGGUACUCCAGAUGACCGAAUAUUGGACAUAAAAAUUCCAAUUCUUUUUGUGAUUGGUCAAAACUCGGCGAAAACCAGCACGGAAGAAAUUGAGUCACUACGUGAAAAAAUGCAGUCGGAAACUUCUUUGGUGGUGGUGGGGAGCGCUGACGACGUUUUACGUGUUCCUAAAAGUCGUCGCAAAUUAGAUAAUGUUACGCAGUCUAUGGUGGACGCUAUGGUUGUGGAUGAACUUUAUGAGUUUAUUAAAAAAAUGCUAACAAAUCCGCCUGGACCACGUGUGCCUACCACAAUUACAAGUUUAGUACACACUAAGCAGGGACGAAAUGCAAUGGGUAAUAUCUCCAGUGGAAGUAGUGCUGAAGGGAACACCAAGGUUGGAGUUAUACAACGCAAGCGUAAGAAUGACGCUUUGAGCUCUGACCAAGAUCAGACGCCGACGAAAAGCAAAUGUGUUCAAUCAAUGGGUCGUCCGCGCACACGACCCUUGAAUGUGCCGAGCUCUGCGCCAGCCAAGGUUACGCAGGCGACAUUGAAGGUUGGCUCUACAAAGGCAACUCAACAACAACAAAAGAAGUCGCAGAUAUCACCUAGCUCUUCUAUCACUAACGAUGAUCUCAACAUGGCCAUACAAUCGAUAUUGGGCGAUUCAAAUGAAGAGGAUGGUUCGAUACUUAAUUCUAGUACAGAAUCUUCCCAACGAGCACAGAAACUUGUGACGAACUAUGAAAUUGUUGCACCAUCAAAGUCGACUCCAAUAAAAACAGCAUUAUUAAACCCUCUGCAAAAGCAGGUGCUCCCAGCUGGUGCUAAAAUAAAGAUGAUACCAUCAAAUCAAUUUGUACAACUCAAACCGCCGCUGCAAUCACAAUCGAAAAUCUAUACAAUUAAGACCGCGUCAAUGCAGCAGAACACCGCUUCCGGAAGUACAUCUAUAGGGAGCAUUGUUUCAACAUCGCCAAACUGCAACACUGCAGGACAGCAUCAACAGCAGAUCUUUACUCUUAAGUCUCCGAAUGGUCAAACGACUCAGUUUGUAACAGCCGCACCCCCUGGACAAGGCCAACAAAAAUACACGGUUGUGAAAAAUACAAGUGGUGGCACCACACUUCAACUGGCCGGUGUAAAGACAACGGCUACGACGAGCGUCUCAGGCGUAUCGACUUCAAAUGUGGACUUAUCAAAUAUCAUAGAUAUGCCAAUUGUGUUCGCUGAUAAUGAUGGCAAUCUCUCUGAUUCUGUAGCUGUAUCAGCUGUAACUACCAAACCAGCUAAUACCUCCGGUGUUGGCCAACUGAUUAUAAGUCAAAAAAUUAUGAAAGAGGCCAAUGCUUCUGCAUCUAAUACCACCGGUAUUAUGUCUACAUCUCCCAAGACUGGGGGUGGUACAUACAUAAUCAAUAAGACUACCGGUAGCCCAGUUUUACAACAUACAAAUCAAACCGCAAAUAAACAAAAUAAAGUAGUUUUCAUCAAUCGCAAUACAAUGAAACCAUGCCCGAAUAUCAUAUCUCGAUCAAAUGUUGCACAACAAUUGCCGAAAUAUACCAAAGUUGUUGUUACCAAUCCGAAAACAUCUGCAACAACACUUGUGCCACGUCCAGCAACGCACCUAUCAUCAGCUACGUCCAGUGGUAGCAGCGUUAAUACACCAAUUGUUUCUUCGGUAAAACAAGUAAAUUUGCAGGCACUAAAGUCUCCAGUGAGCAUUGGUGCUCGUCAGACAUCAGGCAUAUUGAACGUUUCUACAAAGUCUCUACCACAAGUGCAAAUUAUUAGCACAACUGCCGGUGGAGCGGCUAUUACGCCAACUGUGGGCAAUAAUACUAAUACGGGCCCUUCGACAGUAAUAAGUGGUGGCAGCGGUGUACUAGCAGAUCGACCCCAUAUUCGAAAUAUUGUUGUAAAACCUGGUGGCUUGAAGCAAAUCCCACCUCAAUUGAAGACGCAGCUACUCAAUCGCAACUUGACGGUACGCAAGUUGGUGAAUAUUGUACCGGCCACAAAGGCAGUCGGUGCUUCCUCAACUUCACCUGGUGUAACAAUAGUAGCGCAAACCACCGCUGUAUCACAGGAUUCCAUUAAUAGUGGAGUCACUAGUACAUCAACGUCUAUUCAAACCUCGCCAAAGGUGAUCACUUUAAAUCCGAUCAAUCCCUCGGUUCCCAUAGGAAGCACUGCAUCUGCCAAUAGCAAUAGCGCUGCUGAUUGAUUCUUAUCUUUGGCUUUCUCACCAUAACCCUACGUUAGCGUUUAACUUCAUAGUUCAACUUACCUUUUGUAGCAUAACAAAAAUAUUAGUUUAAAAAAUAUUAUUUUUCAUUCCACCAUACUUAUGUAUAUAAUUUGGUAGUUCAACUACUUCAUACAUAUUCAUACUCCUAAAAAUAAAUUUUUAAAGAAAUUUUA